AUGACAGAUGUGAGUGUUUUCUUCAAGGAAAUGGACAAUUUUGUUCAUAUCGACGAAAAAUGGUUUGACUUGACACAGAAAAACAAUGUGUACUAUCUAGUCCCUGGAGAGCCUACCCCAUAUCGGACGGUGCAUAAUAAGAACAGUAUAGGGAAGGUUAUGUUUUUAACUGCUGUGGCUCAGCCAAGGUUUGCCAUUGUUGAUGGAGUAAAGGUUUGCACUUUUGAUGGAAAAAUAGGCACAUGGCCAUUUGUCACUGAAACUGCAGCUGUUAGAAGAAGCGAAAACAGGGAAAAGGGUACUCUUGAACUCAAAUCAAUGAAAGUUAACAGAGAUGUAAUGAGAGAUUUCAUGUGCAAUAAAGUAAUCCCUACUAUACUAGACAAGUGGGCAGAUGAGGACGCAGGGAGAACUAUCUAUAUACAACAAGACAAUGCCACCCCACACAUCAAGCCUAAUGACCCUGCUUUCGUACAAGUGGUUGCACAAACUGACCUGAACAUUGUGUUACUGCAACAACCACCUAAUAGUCCUGAUAUGAACAUUCUAGAUCUAUGCUUCUUUCGGUCUAUUCAAUCUCUCACCGAUUGCAGAGCACCUAAAAAUAUUAGAGAACUGAUUGAAGCUGUGGAGGAAGAAUUUGAUAACUAUGAGGUGGAUAAGCUAGCUAAAAGCUUUCUAACAUUGCAAACAUGCUUGAGAGAGACUAUGAAGAAGCAAGGAGGAAAUUGCUAUGACAUCCAACACAUGGGUAAAGAUAAAAGGAUAAAGGAAGGAAGACUCCCUAUCUUUCUUACUUGCAAGGCUGAUCUAGUUGCAGAUACAUUAAAAAUUAUAGAAGAAGCACAAGCUAUUGAGAAUAGCACAACCAGCAAAGAAGCAAAAGCAGAGCAGCUUAAGCAGUUGAUAGAAGAGGCAGAAGCAAGAGCAAAAGAAAAAGUAGAAGCAGCAGCAGCAGCACAAGAAGCAUCUUGA